GCUCAAGUUAAGACGAAGAAGAAGAAGAGGCUGACGUCAUCCACUCGGGCUUGUGAUGGCGGUUGAUUUGACUCCGAGAUUCAGGAGGUUAAACAGCCAAACAAGAAGCUUUCGGGACAAUAUACAGCAUGGUUUCUCUGGACCCUUCGGUGCCACCCAGCUGUGGCACAACAUCAUCCAGGCCCUGCAGACCCAGGUGGAGGUGCGCCGCUACAGAAAGCAUCUCCGCGUUCACGCCGAGUGCUUCACCGGCUCGGAUGCGGUGGACGCCGUCCUCAGCUACCUGAUGCAGAACGUGGUGUUCUGCACGAGCGAGGUGUCGCGCCUUAAAGCUGCCAGACUCUGCCAGGCGCUGAUGGAGGCCAAAGUGUUCGAACCUGUGGGGACCAAGCUGUUUCGGAGAGACAAGGAGGCGGCCUUCGAGGACAGUAGCUGCAGUCUGUACCGGUUUCUGGAAUACAAAGCGUUACCUAGCGCCUUGAGGGAGUGCAAUAGUGACACGGAGAACGUGUCACCAGGAGGGCCGGAGCUGAAGAGGAAGAAGAGUGUCAGGCUGAAGGAGCUGAGGAUGAUCUCCAACCCGCUUGCUGUCGGACCGUCAGACAGGAGAGUCGAGCGACUGCUGAGGACCAUCAACCUGCAGCCUUCCAUGCCUCCAUCUGUGAACACAACCCCUUCAACCUCUGCCUUCUUAUCCAAAGCAGUGGUAGACGAGGUCUGGAAGCAGCAGACGUUGCUGCAGCUGCUGCAGAUCGUCGACCUGCCCAUGCUGGACUGCAUCCUGACGUCUCCUGCCAGAGUCCAGCCUCAGGCCUUCAGAGCUCCUCUGGCCACCCAGGACUUGGUUUUCUCUAACACAUGUCUGGAGAGAGAGCUGCCUGACGCUCUGAAUCUACCUCAGUUGGAUGGCUGGCUGUCGGCUGCAGCAGACUGCUUGGAGCUCUUCCCCGACCAGCUCAUCGUGGUUGCAGGGGAGCAGCUCAGCCAGCAAGGUGGCAGCAUCUUCUCAGAGGACGACCAGACCGAGCAGAUGGACCACCAGAAGAGAGUGCUCUUUGACACCAUCGCCAAAUACUACAGCGGGCAGGAGAAGACCCCUCUCCUCUCAGGACACCACAUGGACAUACACGCUGCUAUCCUGAACUUACUUGAAAAAGGGAAGGAGCAGGACGCCAUCAAAGCAUCUCAGUUGUGUUUUCGACUGCUGGAGACGAGCGUGAGGGAUGAACUCAGGAGGCUGCUGGCUUUUAUGGCCACAGCAGCUCAUCCAGAUGGUUGUCGACUUCAGAAACAAAUCGACAACAGAGCUCUAGUCUGCCGCUCCUUUCAGAAAGCGAUCGUCCAGAAUCCUGAGCUGACUCGACCCCAGAGUGAAACCCUGAUGCUGUUCCUCAUGGAAAACUGCACCCAGAUCUUCAAGACUCCUGCAUCCCUCACUGAAGCUGUAAGAGGGACGCUCAGGACCAUGCGGCAGGGGAAAGACCCAGACUCAAUUGCCACGUUCACGUUCUGCCAGCAGGUGACGCCACGCGAGUACGAGGACCAGCGAGAGGCAGCCACCCUGGACAGCCUCAAACAGCUCCUCCACGACAUCUCGUCCAGCACCACCUUAUCUGUGAAGGAGAGGAAGAGGCUGCUCAAGGAGUUUGAGAAACAUCAUCCUGUCGUCUUCCUCCAACACUUCUCCAGCACCUUCUGAAGCUUACAAUCAGGGGGAGUAGAUCAAAGUUACAAGAAAUAACGCACUACUGCUAUCGAGUAUCGACCAAUCAGAGUCAAGCAUUUAACCCAGCUGGGUAAUAAUAAAUAGGAAACACAGUGCUUUAUAAGAGGCUGCAGGAGGUGGAUUAUAUUUUUGAAUUGAUCGUUCUUUGUAUUGUCCUGCAGCACAGAGAGAAUUAUCCAUCCUACAAACAUAAUGUGGUGACACAUUGUAAGAUGAACUGUUUGUUUGUUUGUUUGUUUGUUUGUUUGUUCAGGCUCAGUUAGAAAUGUGCGUGUUUUUGCACUUUUAAUGAAUUAUCAGCUCGUUUAUGAUACUAAGUGCCUGAAACAGGCUGCCUUUGAGCUGCAGAAGCUUUAGACGUGAGGAUCAGUUAGCAUUAGUGUUAGUGAGGAAACACAUUUUUAACACUGAUUUUAUAUUAAUAAGAUAAAUAAUCUUUAAAAUGAGGCUUUAACACUGAGAGAGGGAGUGUGUGUUUAUUUUAAAAACACCAAAAAUUAAAAACAGCCAUAAAGAAAGAUGUUACUGACAAGUGAGCAGCUUGUGGAUACUGGAGGUACGUCUUUACGGUGUGGGUACUGUGUUUGGAUGAAGCCUUCUUUAAUUUAUGAUGAGAGAAUUCAGACAUGGAAGUUUUAUUUUUUUAAUGAUGCCGUGCACUUCGAUCAGGCUUUAAUAUUUCUACUAAUGAAGAGAAAGAAAUGUAGUUUCAUGUUUUCUUGCGUUCGCCCGGUGAAAGAGAAACACUGGUCAACACUAAUGUAGCUGAAGAAGAGUUAACACAGUUUAUUACAUGUUUUUGGUCAACAUGAAGUGAAAGCAGAAAGAGUACCGUCAUGUUUGAGUCUAACCACAAUUCAGGUUAACAUAUGUUUUGUAUUUUAAUCAAUGGUUGAAGUUUUCUUUUAGUGCCAAUAUUUUAACCUUUUAUGAUUUUACUUGAAGUUCAGUUUGAGGACUUAAUUUAACUUUACUUUAGGAUACUAAUUGAAGUUUCAAUGCUGGAUGAUUAUGUAAGGGUAAUCUACUGUCCAAUCUGUGAGUCAGCAUCUUUUGUUCUUUACAUACUGGAAUCAUGUGAGAAUGCACUUUAGGAUGCUGAGACAUGCCGCCAUGUUUUCUACUGGAAUAACAAAUCUAAUAAAAAGUUCUCUGAAGCUAGA